AUGACAAGAUGUGAUUGCAAGGCAAAGAUUGUAGUUCACAAGAAUGGAUCAGAUAGAUGGGAAGUUAAGACAUUUGUGGAAGCACAUAGUCACAAUUUAAUGAGUCCAAGUAAGGUUCAUUGUUUACGAUCACAUCGACAUUUUACAGAUUCUCAUAAGGUUGUCAUGGAUAACAUGAGAAAAGCAGGUAUUGGCACAGCUAAGGUGUUAAAUUUUUUUACAAAUGAAGCUGGAGGACCUGAGAAAAUGGGUUUUAUUGAUGAAGAUGCAAGAAAUGCUUUAAAAAUUCAAAGGCGUGACAAACAUGGUAAAAGUGCUCAAGAGUUGCUUCUUUACUUUCAAAAUAAACAGAGGAAUGAUGAUAAUUUUACUUAUGCAAUCCAAAUUGACAAUGAAUGUAGAUUGACAUCUUGUUUUUGGGCAGAUAAUAUUUCAAAAAUAGACUAUGAAGCUUUUGGUGACGUUGUAUGUUUUGACACAACAUACAAGACAAAUGAAUUUGAUAUGCCAUUUGGUCCAUUUGUCGGAGUCAACCACCAUAAGCAAUCUAUCUUGUUUGGUGCCGGGCUUCUAUUUGGUGAAACCAUUGAAGAUUUCGAAUGGUUAUUUCAAUCAUGGUUACAAGCUAUGGGUGGGAAGCUUCCAAAGGCCAUAAUCACAGAUCAGGAUCCAGCAAUUGCUGCUGCAAUUGCAAGUGUAUUUCCGAAUACCGAGCAUAGGUUGUGCAUGUGGCACAUUGUUCAGAAGCUUCCAGAGAAGUUAGGUAAAGUAAUUAAUGAGAACCCAUCAUUCAACACUGAUUGGAGAAAUUGUGUAUAUAUGUGCGAUGAGGAAGCCGAAUUUGAUGCAUUAUGGGAUGUCAACGACACAAUGGAGUGA